AUGCGUCCAACAUCCGUUAGGGCGGCCGACAUCCUCCGGGACGGUUUUCCUGCAGUGUUUUUCAACAACUGUGCGGCGCACGUCCUGGACCUGAUGCUCCACGACAUCGGGAGGGUCCGUGUUGUGCGGCGAGUGCUCAACCAGGUGCACAGGGUGGUUAUGAUCGUCAAGGGAAGCGCGUCUGCCGUCACGCUCUUCCACGAGUUGUUUAGCACUUUGUCCUUGGUGCGGCCCGGUGCAACACGCUUCGGCACGCAGGUUAUCAUGCUUGCCCGCUUCCUGGAGGUAAAGAAAGCGCUCAAGGAGAUGAUCAUCAGUGAGGAGUGGGAGUCGGUGGCGGUGGCGCGGUCUGAGGAGGGGCGAGCUGUCCGCCAGCUCCUCUUGGAUGAGGUCUUUUGGGAGUGCGCGACAGCGGUCCUCCGCCUCAUGACACCCGUGUAUGAAGUGCUGCGGGUGGUUGACACCCGUGCUCUAGUCAUGGGCCGGAUCUAUGGCCUCAUGCUAGAUGCCACGGUGAAGACAAACAAUGCGGCAGAGGCGGCAGCCAAAAUGAUGAUGAAACGCACCGCUCUCUUGCCGGCCAAAGACAAGCCGGCCUUUCUGGCCGCCAUCAAGGCUAUCAUAGCAAGGAGGUGGGACGCCCAGCUCCACAAUCCACUCCAUGCUAUGGGGUGGCUUCUGAACCCGCACAAUCAGUACGGCAAAGAGGUGAAGAACGAUCCCGAGGUAAGGCUUGGGGCGGAAGCGGUGAUCCAGGCCCGUGGGGGAGACGUCGCACAACGCGCGCUACUGUUGGCGCAGUUUCAUAAAGGAGAGGGGCUGAUAGGGUCCGAUGAUGCCCGUUGGGCAGCAACGGUGUUGGUGGCGAGUGGGCGCUUGACGGAGGCAGAGUGGUGGCUGAUGUAUGGGGGGGAAUUGCGAGCGCUCAUGGGGAUGGCUGUGACGGUGCUGUCACAGCCAGUCACGUCUUCUGAGGUCGAACGCUACUGGUCCGCCAUUGCACGGGUGCAGAGGCGGGACCGUAACCGCCUCAGUGCCAACAAGAUGAUGGACGUGACUGAGGUGGCGUUCGCCAGGAGGGCCAGGGAUGCUUUCGAUAGGAAAUCACGGCAGAGGGAGAAGCUUUAUGCCGAUCUGGCCAACGGCACCCUCCAGCAAGGGAGUGCCGUGGAACCGGCAGCAGCAGAGGAAGAGGAAGUGGGGGACGACGAGGAGGAGGGAGAGGGGAAUGAGCAGCUAUGCACCAUUGAUUGGGACCUAUUCGGGAACAUUGGGAAGCGGAAGAAGAAGGGGCCAAAGACCGCUAAAAAGAAGAGAAACGGGAAGGCCAAGAAGCCUACCAAGGGAAAGAGGAAGGCAACAUCUGUGCGAGAGGAAGAGGGUGAGGAGGAGGAGGCGGCGGAUAGCAGUGGAGGGGAGGAGGAGAACAGGAGGAGGCGGAUGAGGAUGGAGGAGGAGGAGGAGGAGGAGGAGGAGGAGGAGGAGGAGGAGGAGGAGGAGGAGGAGGAGGAGGAGGAGGAGGAGGAUGAGUAG